AGGAACCCGCGCGGCAGCCCAAAAUGGAAUUAUCAAUGGAGAUUGGAAAAUAUUGAAUGAGACCGAGAGCUUCAUAAGCACUUACAAACCCCCCAACCUGUAUCCGUACGUAGUAGUAUCCGGCCAUUCGCAGCACGAGUAGACAGAUGAGAUACCUCGCGCGCCGUUGCAGAACUGCCUUGUGUACCGCCACGACGUUGACGCCCCUUCGAAAUCCGACGCCUGCUUAUCUACUAGCAUCACGACGUGCUUCAUCCCGCGCAGGCGCACCCACAGCACAGUCUCUCAUACACAAAAUGUCAGCCAACGACAGCAAAGCGGCAGCGUCGCCCGCGGCCGAGGAGAAACUCCCGCCGCUAUCAGAUCAUGACUUUCGAAUCUACAACAAUAUGGCCGACCACAUGGACCUCUUUCACAACAACUUCCGUCAGUCAUGGAACCUCCUCUGGCAGGCAUGCUGCAACAACAAGCGCCCUCGGAAUCUCACCCUCAAGCAAUUCCUAGAUGAAGGCCUGCGCUUCAUUCAACAUCUCACCGUGCACCACAACAUUGAGGAGCAGCACAUCUUCCCGGUGCUGGCCAAGAAGAUGCCCGAGUUCCGGGGCGACCUGCAGGCACAGCACAAGCUGAUCCACGCCGGCAUGGACAGGAUGGCCGACUACCUCCGAGGCUGCAAGACGGGCGAGUACGAGUUCGAGCUGAGCGGGCUCAAGGCGCGGAUGGAGACGUGGGGCGACGUCCUGUGGACGCAUCUGGACGACGAGGUCAGGACACUCGGUGCCGAGAACAUGAGGAAGUACUGGACCAAGGAGGAGAUGGUGCGCAUGCCCAUGUAGAUAGAUAAUGCACA